CGCCUUUCUUUCUUCACGACCAUGAUCCCAACGCCUGAUCUCUCUCAUCUCACCUCUGCUGACUACGAGAGCGUGUACGAACCGGCUGAGGACACAUAUCUUCUAUUGGACGCCUUGGAACAGGAUGCGGAUCGUUUGAAGGGAUUGAAUGGAGCUGUAUGUCUGGAGGUUGGGUCGGGCUCUGGCUGCGUCUCGAGUUUUCUAGGUAGCGUCUUGGGGUCCAAAGCGCUCUAUCUAUGUACAGAUAUAAAUCCUCAUGCCUGCAUAUGCACCUUCAAGACAGGAUCGCAAAACAAGGUGUGUUACUACCAUUACUCUACUGACAGGCAGCCUUUCACCCUUCAGGUUUCUUUGGAUCCAGUGAAUACUGCGUUUGCGGGACCGUUUCAUCGUCGCUUGAAGAAUGCUAUUGACGUUAUACUGUUCAAUCCGCCCUACGUUCCUACUGACCUAGAGGAGGCGUUGAAUGCUCAAAGUAAGAGUCGCAUAGAAGGAUCCUGGGCUGGGGGACACGAUGGCAUGGAUGUUACCGACCGUUUUCUCGACGUCGUAAACGAACUUUUAUCGCCAAGAGGACGCUUCUAUUUGGUUGCACUCAAGCAAAACGACAUUCCGAACAUCCAACGAAGAAUGCAGGAUAAAUUUGGACUCAUUAGCGAAGCUGUACUCCAACGCCGCGCUGGCUCCGAACACCUUUUCAUCCUACGAUUUCAGCGUGCAUCUUGACGCGAAGGCGAAAGAGUUGGAUCU